AUGCCGCACUACCAGGCAAACACACCCAGUAGUUGUAUGAUCGCCUCACGUGGAAAGAAGCGAGCCAUAGCUAGGCUCAAUGGGUAUCUCAAUCAAAUCAAUGUAGCAGAGACGGAUGAAUGCGAUUGCGGACAAGCAAGAGAGACCGUAGAGCACUUCCUCUUCCAAUAUCGGAAGUGGACGGCGCACUGGACGGAAAUAUUACAAUGCACGCAGACUCACCGAGGAAACAUAUCCUUCUUCCUGGGCGGAAAACAGCCUUCUAAUGAUCAGAAGUGGACGCUAAACCUAGAGGCAGUACAGGCCUCCAUACGUUUCGCCAUUGCGACGGGCCGACUCGAGGCCACUUAA